GUGGGGUUGGGGAGGGAAGAGGAGAAUAUAAAAGAGAGUUUUCAGAGGUGGGUUUUUUGCUUUUGGAAAUACCAGAGAAUAAUGGAAGGAAGGAAGCCAAUGGGGUCGUCUUCUUCUUCCUUCACUUCUGAGCUUUUUGGUUCCAAAGAGACUUCUUCUUCGACUGGGAUUUUCGGGUCCAUCUUUGCCCCUUCGUCUAAGGUGCUAGGAAGGGAGUCUCUGCGCUCUGAAGUUCCAGGGAAAAGGCAAGAUUGGCAGAGUGAAUCGUGGAACUCAAAACCUGGAACUCCAGGAUCUGCUUGUUGUUGUUUAAUCAUCUGCACUAACCAUCAUGAUACUUCCAAGAUCAGUGAAAGUGAUAGCCAUAACGUUCCAGACAGGGACAUGAGCUCCAUUUAUCAAGAACAAAGAGUACAACCAUGUCAUCUUAGCUCAUCAAUAUAUUAUGGCGGUCAAGACAUCUAUUCUCAUCCCCAGAGUACCCAAAACCAAGGACUGAACUCCGUGUUCAAGAAAGAUGGGAAUGAAGAUGAUUCAGGAAGUGCUUCAAGAGGAAACUGGUGGAAAGGGUCUCUCUAUUAUUAAGAACCCACCUGCCAAAGGUAUAUACUCGUCAAGGUAAAUAGGAACAUAGUGUAGCAGAUCAUAUCUAUCUUAUGUUAUAUGAGGAAUGAUGGAUAGUUGUCAGAUGGCUGUGGCAGCUGGUUGUUUUCUCCCGCCAAACAGCAGAACCUUUAUAUAUAUAAAUCAAUAGUUUAUAUAUGCAUCUUUCUCUUCUUUUUUUUUUUUUUUUCACCUGUAAAGAGUGCUGAACUUUGUCUUUUUUACUGUAGAGGUUGUAUGGUAUUAGAGACUCAGCAUACUAUUAUGUUGUUGAACUUUGAAUACUAAGUUUCCUUCAUUAUCUAUAA